CAUCAGCCGCAAAAAGGAGAAUUUUGCGCAUUGUUAACGCGUCAAACCAUGAUCAUCUACACCAACACCGGCAAUCCACUCGUGUUGAAGCUGCUGAUAUGUGCCAAUUUGGCAAAACUUGAGGUGCAGGUCAAACAGGUUACGCUUAAUGAUCCCGCCCUGGGUGACAUGAAGCAUCUACCGCUCCUGGAGCUGGACAGCGGUGUUAAGUUGUUUUCGACCGAUGUCGCCGUCAAGUACAUUCUUUCGAACGAGGAGGCGUCGGCCACCGUGGUGCAGCGAGACGAGUGGCUAGAAUGGUCCUCGAAACGACUGGCGCCGGCCUUAACCCACAAUAUGGACGUCGGUACACGGGCGGAUCCGAACACGAAACCGAUUCUCAACACACUGGUUAAGAUGCUGGAUGACUGUCUGAGCCGAAGCGCUUUUCUAACGGGCGACCAAAUUACCAGCGCCGAUGUGGCCGUCUGGAGCCUUCUAGCGCCGGAUGGCACCCUUAAGGGUGCGGUCAACAUUGACAAUCUGCUCCGCUGGUACCACCAAAUAGCGGCUAUGCCCGAAGUGCAGGCGGCCCUCGCUGUUCUGUCCCUGAAAGAGGCAAGCUUUGGCUCGCUGCAGGGCAGCAAUCGGUUCGGCGGAUUGCACCAUAUCGUGCUGAACCCGGAGAUAGCCGACUUCGAAGGUGAGCUACUGGCGGAGACGGGCGCCAACAUUGCCGAAACGGUCCAGCGCGACGAGAUUGAGGCCGCCCGGGCGGCCUUUGCCGACGUCGACGAACGGGCCAUUCGCGAUGAGCCACGCAUUGUGUUACCGAAGGCGGGUCAGAAAAAUAAUCUCGUUACGUCCGCCCUGCCGUACGUCAACAAUGUGCCGCACCUGGGCAACAUCGUCGGCUGCGUGCUGUCGGCGGAUAUGUUCGCGCGCUACUCGCGGCUCUGCGGCUACAACACGCUGUACAUCGGCGGUACGGAUGAGUACGGAACGGCCACCGAGACGAAGGCACUGGCCGAGAAGCUAACGCCACGGCAGGUCUGCGACAAGUACUUUGACGUGCACAACUCCAUCUACCGCUGGUUCGGGAUCGGAUUCGAUUACUUUGGCCGCACCACGACCACCGAGCAGACGCAGAUCGUACAGGGCCUCUUCAAGGAACUGUACGCCAAAGGGUUCAUCGAAACGCGGUCGGUCGACCAGCUGCUGUGUCAAAAGUGUGAUCGCUAUCUGGCCGACCGGUUCGUCGAAGGAACUUGCCCGCAUCCCGGGUGCGGUUACGAAGACGCACGCGGCGACCAGUGCGACAAGUGCGGUAAAUUGGUGAACGCAAUCGACCUGCUGCGGCCACGAUGCAAAAUGUGCAACUCUUCGCCGAUCAUUCGCGAGUCGAGUCAGUUCUUCCUCGACCUGCCGAAGAUUGAGCCGUCGCUGCGCGAAUGGGUUGACAAAGUCGAAUCGGGCUGGACGCACAAUGCGCGGGUCAUUACGCGUGCCUGGCUGAAGGAGGGUCUCCGAUCGCGGUGCAUUACGCGCGACCUCAAGUGGGGCAUUCCGGUGCCCCUCGAAGGGUACGAAAGCAAGGUGUUUUACGUGUGGUUCGACGCACCGAUCGGAUACAUUUCGAUCACGAGCCGGUACUGCAAGGAGUGGCAACGGUGGUGGCAACCGGACACGGGCGUUAAGGUGGACCUGUAUCAGUUCAUGGCGAAGGACAAUGUGCCGUUCCAUUCGGUCAUGUUUCCCGCUUCGCUGCUGGGCGUGAACCAGGGACACACGCUCGUGUCGCACAUCAUGGCCACGGAGUACCUCAACUACGAGGACGGCAAGUUUAGCAAGAGCCGUGGCAUCGGCGUGUUCGGCAACGACGCGCAGGACACGGGCAUCCCGGCCGACGUCUGGCGCUUCUACCUGGCGGCGUGCCGACCCGAGGGCCAAGAUUCGUCGUUCAGUUGGAACGAUCUGCAGGCACGGAACAAUAACGAACUGUUGAAAAAUCUGGGCAACUUUGCCAAUCGGGCGCUGGUGUUCUGCGAAAAGUUCUUCGAUUCCGUCAUCCCGACGAUGAAUCUCACCGAGGAGGACUACACGCUCCUGGCGCUGGCUAACCGCGAACUGAAGGGCUACGUGCAGCAGAUGGAGAAGGCCCGAAUGCGGGACGGCAUUCGGCAUAUGCUCCAAAUUUCUCGCUACGGCAACCAGUUCAUGCAAAACGAAGAACCAUGGGUAAAGGUGAAGGGUACGGACGAUCAGAAGGCACGGGCCGGAACCGUGAUUGGACUUUGCUGCAAUUUUGUUUGCUUACUGGCAACGCUAAUCUUUCCGUUCAUGCCCUCGACGGCCCGCAAUCUGUAUGGCCAGCUGAACGUGCGUGGAGGACACAUCAAUUCCGACAAACCACUGCUUCGCACGAGCCUACCAAGUGGCCAUCGUAUCGGGAAACCGGUCGUGUUGUUUUCCAAAAUCGAAGAUUCUCGUCUCGCCGAGCUGAAGACAAAGUAUGGCGGACAGCAGCCGACGAAAGAACCCGCCACAGGAACCAAAAACCCGCCACGGCAGCAGCAGAAGCAGGCAGGAAGCCUUUCUUUAAAAGACGCUCAAAAAGCGGUGGACGAGCAAGGGGCAAAGGUGCACAAGAUCAAAUCCAGCGGUGCCGAUCGGUCCGCCUGGCAGCCGGAAGUAAACCUCCUGGAGGAGCUCAAGGAACAGCUCAAGGCACUGAGCCAACCACGUACUUCGGAAAGCGGCACGAAGGUGCCAAAAGAACCGCAGCCAGCCGUUGAGACGGCCUGCGAUCCUCUGGCAGUUCAGGACCUCGAGAAAGAGAUUGCCCUGCAGGGCGACAAGGUGCGCCAGCUCAAGUCCAGCAGUUCGGAUAAGACUGUCUGGCAGCCGGAACUUUCGGUGCUACUGUCCCUGAGAAAGAAGCUGAACAGCCUUACCGGAUCGACCCCGGCUGCUGCUGCUGCGGCGAAAAAGCCGUCGGGAGGCAGAAAACAGGGAGUUAAAAAGUAAGCCACAAGAAUAAUGGCAGCUGUCAGCUGGAAUAAUAGCUCAGUUCCGGCCAACAAUGGAAAUAAACAUUACUUUA